GUCACAAGAGUCUCCUUGUUGGAAAGAUCGCUCUGGCGAAGAAGAAACAACAAAAAAAAGAAAAACUAACUCCCCAGGUACGGUAAAGAAAGUGCAUUUUGGUGCCCGUCUGGUGCAAUCGAGAGUAAACCCGGAACGGUCCAGGUCCGCGCACGGUACAGUCCUGCUGAGUGAGGAAGCGUAGUGAAGAAACCGUGCCUAGUUGUGUUUUGUGGUCGUGGUGCGUUUUUUUUUUGCGUGUGUCCUGCCCCGUAUUCGAACGUAUCGUAUCGCUCACGGGCGGGGGUGGGGUGUUGUUGCUUUGUAGUAGUUGUUGUUGUUGUUGUUUUAUUCGCUCCUCCCAUCCUAUCUAGCUGGUUCUUUUCCACCCUUCUGGCCAUUUAGGUUUUUUGUUGGUGGCGUUUUCGGGGCGCACAGUGUUGGUGCCGAAGGUGUCGAAACACGAGAGUUGCGUGUGUGUGUGUAUGUGUGGUUGGCGAGGUAUACAGAUUUAGUAUUUAUAACCCAACUCCAUUAAAGGACAAAAUAGAAUAACAUUUAUUUAUAGAAGCGUCGCUCCACCCCGAGUGUUUCUACGCAACAAGACAGCAGAAGAAGUUAAAAAAAGGUCUCACCCACACACACACACAUACUCAUAUACGCACACACAGUCUUAGUCAUUCUUGCGCGCCCUGUACAGCGCGGGCCGUGUGUGGAGUUUUCUUUCCCCGCGGAGAAAAGGGAAAGCGGUCGCAGUCUCGUGUGUCUCGCCGCCGUCGUCGUCAUCGUCGUCAACAAUCAAAUAAUUCGUGUGUCUGUGUGUGUGUGCGUGAAAGUUUUGCUUUGCGUGGCCGAAAGUGAAGGGGCGCAAACCAGAAGCUACCAGCUACCAAGAUGUCGCAAAACUACACCGCCCGGAAUGAUAAUUACUAUCAGAAGGAGUUCGGGCUGACCAGUGUGCAAUCAAUCGAUGGCGAUUCCCUGCCGGACUACAGCGAGUUCGAUACGGAGUCGGUAACGUUGGACUAUUUCAAGGAAAGUACCAAACGUGGACCUUCGCCGGACAAAAUGGCACCAACGACAACAAUCGAAACCGUCACCAUCACGCGACCACUGAAGGUCAUUGCGUUCAUCUGUGGCGUAAUUGUCAUCAUUCUCAUGAUACUGGCCCUCACCUCCACCGACUGGCUGAUGGCGGAGAGCUGGCGCCAGGGCCUGUUUGUGCACUGCAUCGAGGAGGGGUACGAGCUGCCGCUACCGUUCAACCUGCAGGAUCCGGCCGGCUGCUAUCCGAGCCGCGAUGUCGCCUACAUCAAGGCGACGGCGGCGCUCUGCAUCAUCACGCUCGUUACCGAUGCGCUGGCCACCUUCCUGACCGGGCUGGGGCUGCGCACGCAGGAUCACAACCUCAAGUACAAGUUCUACCGUGUGGCCGUGCUGAUCAUGAUGGUUGCCCUCAUCUCGCUGCUGGUCGCCGUCAUUCUGUACCCGAUUUGCUUCGCUGCCGAGCUGAAUAUUGCCAACCGACUGGUGUGGGAGUUCGGCUGGGCGUACGGUGUCGGCUGGGGUGCGGCCAUCUUCCUGUUCGGUGCAGUCGUCCUGCUGCUGUGCGACAAGGAGUCGGAGGAGAUCUACUACAAGGAAAGGAAAAUUGUACACGACGCAUCGUUAAGAGACUAGGCCAGGGCACACGCUCUGCCCGACGUUGUGCUUUAGACCUAGUCUAGCGAAGAGAGAGAACUCAAGAGAAGACCACGCUCAAAUCACACAAAUCGCCCCCCCCCCUUCCCCUUCCUUUACUUCCACUCCCGCUCCUCCCUUUCAUCGAAGCAAAACCGAGGCACCGAAACGACGGACAGCGGGAGAGAAAGUCCCCGUGACGCAGCACCCGCGUUGUGCCUGAAAAGCAGCCUGAGCAGCAGCAUUUGCAACUGGACCAACUGGCCAGGGGGAAGCAAAGGAGCAAAGCGCAAAGCCGCCAUCCCCGAAACGCUCCGUACUGAAUCUCUAAAAUGCACUAGGCAGCUAAAGAAAUUCGGAUGUUCGUUGGUUGCGCUUUGCAAAAGCCACCUGAAACGAAAGGCUUGGGCGGUGGGGAACGGCCGGGACGAGCGUCUAGUAUUUAUUGAAUUGCCACGAAUUGCCAUAAGUAUGCUCGCACCAUCCCCCCCCCCCCCCCCACCCCCAUCUACUAUUGAAUCUCAAUUGACGGCGGCCAAGUAGGUGGAACUUGCGUACAAACACUGUACAUACAAAAUCCUUUUGGGCCCAUUGGGGUUUGAGCAUUUGCUAGCGACAGAAAAAAAAACCCACAACAACAGGUAAAACAGAGCAAACCACGGCAACCAUUCCCUUUCGUACUACAGCCAGGAACGCCAUUCUCCCUCACCUUCACUUACCCUCAUCCCAAGCACGCGAGCAGCACGCGACAAUGAAACGAUAUCGAAACAAAAAACACAAAAUGACCGGGAGUAGACGCACGUGCGCGAAAAGGGCACGCAGCGGCGCUCACACACACACACACACACACUCACACCACACAUCACGCUCUUGUUUUACAUUCUCUUGAAAACGAUCGGGCAGCGUUUUUCUUUUCCAGCGUCUUUCUUCUUCGUCGUGUCUACCUUGUGGUAGCAUCUAGGCAAACAGACUAGACAAAGUAAAGCGAAGAACGGAAGGCAACAACAACAAACAAAAAGAAGACAACACAAAACACACACACACACACAAAGCACACUUAGGGCUUAGCUUAACAGGGGCAACCAUCUCUAGGUGGUUCACAAGCCGUCGGGAUUUGUGUAGCGGGCGGGACAGAAAAAGGCAACAAAUCCGCUUAGGGCACACCCAGGCCCGGCCAGACGACGAGCUACAGUUGCCUUCCCUUCGCCCUUCCCUUCCCCCCCCCCCCCUCUCUCUGUCAUCCCCUCCUAUUUAACAAACGAUCAACACACACACACUCUCUCACACACACACACAUACAACAUAAAACAAAUAUGGUAAUUAAAAUCAAAGCGAAUUCUUGUCAUGUAAAUUAGAAUUGAAUACUCAAACGUUUUUAAACGAAUAAUCGAGCCUCUCGUGUAAUAUAUACAAACAUACAUACAUGCAUGCAUACAUACAUACAUACAUACUUAUAUUAACAACAAAUUACUUUUUUUCGUCGUUAUUUGCCCCCCCCCCCCCGUUCCCUCCCACAAACAGAAUAAGGCUAAAAUGAAUCUCUAAUCCAUUUUUUUUUUAUUUUUCGUUUGUAAAAUGACACUCAAACGACAAACCGGGGUCGAGGUAGGAGCUCAGACAUUCGCUACAGCCUAUAGUCCAGCCAGGACUGCGUCCUACCACGGGGUGCUAGGGGGGAAAUAAAGGGAGAAAAAAUAGGCCCUGCUUGCGGGGAAAUAAUUUCCAAAAGCUUUUUUCUCGUACACCCCACCAACGGACCCCGGACCCCGAGGGGAGUAAACAAUCACUAGUAAUCUUCCCCAUCAUCCCUCCCUCCCUUCCUCCCCAUCUCACACCUUCAACCCUUAAUUUUGUUAGACGAUACAGCAGAGCGUGUAGUGGACGAGCUAAGGAAAAGGCAGCGCAAAGUAUUUCGUAUCUUUUUUUUAACUAGACAAGUGUCAAUUGUGUAAAUAGCCGCGUACAAUGAAUUCAUUCAUCCAUUAACCAACCACAACCAUGUAUAACCGCCCACGAACACGAAAAGACAAACAAACAGUCACACACACACACAUACAUGCAAGGAAUUAAAAAAACAACAGUUGUAAUAAAAUAAUUUAAACAUAUCUAUUGUACACGAAAA